ACCAAAUCAGGCAAGGCGGUAUCCGUGCCGACCUCGUCGUUUGGUGCAAGCCUGAGGAUUCCGUCCACAUCGCUGCCCGUUGAACCUCUCGCUGUACCUCAAUUCCAACCCUACAAAAUGGUUGUCUACUACCAGAUCGCCGGCAAGAAGGUCGGCUCCCACGUCCUCGCCAUGGCCACCCUCGGCAGCAUCUUCGCCGGUUCUUACCUUGCCACUUCCGGUGGUGACAAGCCCAAGACCGCCCAGGGUCCCCCCAUCAACGCUUCCUCCAAGGAUGAGGAGAACUUCGUCCAGAACUUCAUGAAGGAGGUUGACGGUGGCGAGAAGAAGCCCGCCGCCGGCCAACACUAG